UCUUUCAGUUUUGCACACUCCAAUGUCCAGUGACUCCAUCCCAAAAAAGUAUCAGUACAAUUUUCAAUGACUCCAGCUAAAUAAAAGCAAGAAUUAAAAUAUCAAAGAGCUUUAACCAGUGAGAAUAGAGAAAACCCCUGCCGCCCUGCGCAACACCGGCAAAAUCCCUUCUCUCUCCCUUCAUUCAAACAUUCUCCUCCGUUUGAUUUGAUUUUACUACUCCAUCUCGCUCGAUUUUCCAAGAAUUCAGGAAUUCUGCAGCAAUUUUUGAUUGCAUCUAGGAUUGGUGUUUACUGUUUUUCCUCAUUUGCAUAAGAACAGGAUUUUGCAGUUUUUGAUUCACAUCUAGGAUUGGCUCAGUUGCAAUCAGAACAGGCUGGCAUUUCUUUUGUGUGUUUGUAGAAGAUCGAAGAGCUUGAUGAUUUAGGGACACAGUGAAUAGUUUAUACGCAUGUUCAUCAGAAUUUGUUAAUCAAAACCACCUCUCAGCAGAUUCAAUAUCAUCAAGGGUUUUAUUGAAUUCAGCAACAGAAGUGUGCAUCUGAAAAUGGGACUUCUCAGUAUCAUUAGAAAAAUCAAAAGGAAAGAAAAAGAGAUGCGAAUUCUCAUGGUGGGACUUGAUAAUUCUGGUAAAACAACGAUAGUCUUGAGAAUCAAUGGAGAAGAUACUAGUGUUAUCAGUCCAACAUUAGGUUUUAAUAUCAAAACCAUCAAUUAUGAUAAGUAUACUCUUAAUAUAUGGGAUAUUGGUGGGCAGAAAACCAUUAGGUCUUAUUGGAGGAAUUACUUUGAACAAACUGAUGGUUUGGUAUGGGUUGUCGAUAGUUCAGAUGUUAGGAGAUUAGGGGAUUGCAAAAUGGAACUGGAUAAUCUUUUGAAGGAAGAGAGGCUAUCAGGAGCUACCUUACUUAUACUAGCUAAUAAGCAGGACAUACAAGGUGCUCUGACACCACAUGAGAUCGCUAAGGUGCUCAAUUUAGAUGCUAUGGACAAAACCCGGCACUGGAAAAUUGUCGGAUGCAGUGCAUACACUGGGGAGGGAUUGCUGGAGGCGUUUGACUGGAUGGUUCAAGAUAUCGCUUCUCGAAUCUAUGUUCUUGACUAAGUGGACGCUCAGAAGAUUUUUUGGAAGUGGCCAUCCAGCAAGAAAGAUGUUCCCAUUCUUUGAGGACACUGCCUGAAUGUGUUUAGUUAAGUCAUAAAAAUUGUUCAUGUAUCAAACAAAAGAUAUUUAGCUGCUUCAAAUGAAUUGGGGUCUCUUUACUACCAGAUGCUCCCACUGAUGUUAAACUCCAUUUUGAAUUCAGUUAUACGAUGAUGUUCCCAGUGAGGGUCUGUACCUAGUGAAGUUUUUCUC